UCCAAAGGUCCGUCUUUGAGACAUAGAUAUUAUAUGUCAGGACCACCUGAACCAACUUGACGUUAGAUUAUCUAAGAUCUAAGACUGUCCUUGCUGUAACGUAACAGUUUUUGUAACGCACCAGUUGUGAGACUCCGGUUGAAGAAAGGCCCACAGUUUUACUUCCUGGUGUGGAAACAGAUUUGCGAAGUGUCGACAUGGACUUUGAAUCUCUCCCCAACUUUCGCACCGUGGUACCCGGCAAGCUGUACCGCAGCUCAACUGUUGACAACGUCACAACAAACGAUGUCGAAAAACUGUCAAGUCUGGGCAUCAAAACCAUCGUUGAUUUACGAUCAAUGGAAGAACUCAACGAGUCCAGCGCUCCAAGGCUAUUGGAUGACAUAUUUCAAACUGUGGGAGUGGAGGUAAAAGACCGCAAACCCCAGGCACCAGAGAUCCAGUUUACAGUCAAAGAUGCAGCGUCGCGCCAAGACAAGAGGCACUUCUUUGUGGCCUUCUACAACAGGCAGUUCUUAACAGGGACUUUACAACGAAGGCCUUGGUACCAACGAGUAUUCGCCAUUCUCACCAUGAUUCUGGCAUUUUUGCUAGAUACAAUUCUCCGUACAAAUAGGAAAUAUUUGAAAAAAGCCACGGUCGCCAUCAUACUCACCGACAAAGGGAUACUUCAAUGGUACAAGGAUAUGGUAGACUAUUCGACUGGAAGCAUGUUUGCAGCUCUGAGUAUUCUAACAGACCCACAAAACCAACCCGCUUUAGUCUGUUGUAAACAUGGGAAAGACAGGACAGCAAUCGUUGCCGCGUUGGUACUGGGAAUCCUGGGAAGGACGAAGCAGGACGUCAUUGAAGACUACCACAAGUCUGAGGAAGGGACCAAAUCGUUGUACCAGAUGAUGUACAAUGAUGUUUGUGUGAGGUUCGGUGCACAAGAAUCCUACCUUUGGGCCCGAAAGGAAACAAUGCAGCGAUUCUUGGAGUAUAUUGAUGAGAAGUAUGUCAUCCACAGGCUUAUUUUCAAACCUGAAAGUACAUGUACUAUUUUGCAAUGCAAGUCGCACAUUUUUGUCUUUUCAAUUGUUCGAUGAAACAGUGAGAUCUGUAGCCUUAGCAGAGAGGGCAAAGGGAUAGCAAUAAUAAGUUUGUAUACCAGGCUAUAACAACAUCCAUGCAAAACCCAUCAUGAAAAUCUAGCUGACUUGUUUCCCACUAUUUGCCUCUACAGGUAUGGCUCUGUGGAAGCCUACUUGCUGUCUAUUGGUUUCUCCAUGGAGGAUUUGGAAGAGAUGAGGGGAAACAUGCAGGGAUGACUGACUCCUCACAAGCUUGACAGGGGAAUGAAACUUUAGCCCUUGAAAUGUACAUGUCCCUAUACAUUUCAUUCUAUAUAAUGAUAAAAUGUACUGAUUAAUUGAAAUAUUGAGAAUAAGCAUGGUCUUUAUCGGAAAAAGAAAGACAAACAUGCACUGUAAGAAACCAGUACUAGUAUGCAGUAUGUAGUAGCAUCAAAGGACUACAACCUGUUAGCCGCCAUGCUUGAUAGAAACGCAUGGUUAGACAUUGUUAAUGGCACCUCGUAUGAGGAUGACCUGAACUGAACUGAACUGAACUGAAGUAGCAUCAUGCUUUUGUAGCUAUUAAGAUACAGAUAAAAUACAGAUAUUUAGCGUUCAUACAUUGAUAGACAGCUACAUGUAUGUACAUGUAUGGCCUACAUGGAGUUUUAACUGAUUACAUGAAAACUUAUUCAGCCAAAGAAAUAAAUGUAAGGGAAACAACAUAUAACCAUCAUAGAAUAAAUCAUAUCCCAAAGAAAAACAUUUUGGAUGGAAAUGGAAAACCAUUUAGUAUGUCUACAGAACUCUAGACCCUAUUAAGAUUAUUACUAGUAAGAUAGCAAUACACAGUUUUUUGUCUAUGAUUUACUAUGAUUCAGUAUGAACAUUUCUAUAUAGUUAAGGGCCAAUUAAAGCUCAUCUGUGCAGGUUGUAAUGUUGAGUAGGGGUGGGUACCGGUACAGGAAAUUCAGGUACAGGUACCUGGAGCUUAUUGUCUGUGACAACUGGCCAUCAUAGGCAGAAUAAUUUACCAGAAGAGUUUUGCUACAAGAGGCUUUGGCUAGCCACACAGCCUCUAUGUAGAUGAGUUUUUUUUCAAACUUAAAACCUCUGGUAAAAAUGAAAUCCCACUAAUAUUAUCAACUUCCUAAAUAACUUUUUCUUGAAAGUUAUAUUAACCUACGUAUGCUAUGUAUGCGGUACCACAAUCCUAAGGAAACAGACAACAAUUAUCAUUCCAAUCAGUUUUCACACACUUAAACUUAGGAUACACUUGGCAUGCUGAAAUGAAUUUGAUUAAACUGCUGACUUCAGCUCAUGUUUGUGGUCUCUGUAUUUGAUAUCUAUACUAGCUUUAAUUAAAGCAAUUAGAAGUGAAAGUUCUAAAAAAAAAUAUACUAAAAAAGCAUUUUAAGGGCAUGAAUGACAGCAUGUAUAGCUGGUACAUGACUGGAACAGUUUAACAUAAAAUUUGGCUAAUUUUUUCUGGGUAGACAAUAUAGAUACGUCAGACAACAUUAGAGAUGGAAAUUUAAAGGUUUUUCUCUUUCCAUAAGUGCCUCUGGACUGUUCUU